GAGAAACCUGAAAACAGACCAAACCGCAGCCAGAAAGAGGCCUUGAUGAGAGAAGAUGAACGGAGUGAAGGUGGAAGAUCAGGAAGAUGGAGAAGAAAUUCAGCAGCUUCCUGAGGAAGGCUCAGCGACGGCUCCAGAUCCACCUAAGCCCAAACGGCGCCACGUCUGCUCGAUCUGCGGUCGGGAUUUUGCGGGUCCGUCCCGCCUGGCGGACCACGUAGCCACGCAUUACGGCUACAAACCCCACAGCUGCUCCAUCUGCGGCAAACGCUUCACCAAGAAAGUCAACGUCCUGGUCCACCAGCGGGUUCACACCGGGGAGAAACCGUACACCUGCCCCGACUGCGGCGUCAGCUACGCCCAGAGGUCCUGCCUACGGAGGCACCUCCUCAUCCACUCCCCCGAGAAGCCGUUUACCUGCUCCCUGUGUGGGCGGGGCUUCGUGCAGCGGCGGUACCUGGUCCAGCACGAGCGGACUCACACCGGCGAGAAGCCGUUCUCCUGCCCGCUGUGUCCCAAACGCUUUGCCUCGCGGAGCGGCCUCUCCGACCACCAGAAGACCCACGAGGAGCAGAAGCAGCACGCCUGCUCACUCUGCGGGAAAACCUUCUACUCCGCUUCGUCUUUCAGGGAUCAUGUCAGGAACCACACAGGACGCAAGCUCCACCCCUGCUCGCUGUGCGGGAGGAGCUUCAACCGGCCGAGCCUCCUCAACAAGCACCUGCAGAAGCACGCAGAUGGGAGCCUGGACAAGGUGAGGCUCCCUGCAGGUUCUGCCUGGUCGGCGCCGACGCUGAGGCGGCUGCUUUCUCUGACUCCGCAGGAAGAAGCUGCUCUCCGCUGCCUCCCGUGUCAGGAGGACUUCUCCUCCAUCAAAGAGGCCAAAGAGCACGAGCGGCACCGCCACGCCUCCACCCGCUUCGCCUGCGACGUCUGCGGUCGCUCCUUCAGCCGGUCGACCCGACUGAAGGACCACAUGAGGUCCCACACCGGAGAGCGGCCGUUCCAGUGCGGCGUCUGCGGGAGCCGCUUCAUGGUGCUGAGGGCUCUGAGGAAACACCAGGAGAUCCACAGCAGGCCGGACCGACCCGCCGACGCCGGUCCGGGAGACGGCCCGGAGCAGCCGGCAGAACAACAGGUGAUUCACAGGGUCGGUACCGAUUAGUCAUCAGAAUCGGGUCAGAAGAUGUUCUGUUAGACGG